AUGACUGCCUGCGCUCAAGACAAGGCUCCUCGAGACGAGAUUCGGGAGGCUGUCAAUGCGUAUAUUGCUAGUCUGUCGGACCGGUUAUACAAGUUAAACAAGAGCAUUCACGAGAACCCGGAACUUGCAUUCAAAGAAUAUCACGCCCACGAUGCGAUCUGUGACUUUUUAGAGGAACUCGGCUUCAAACCCACGCGUCAGGCCUAUGGAUUAGCAACGGCGUUUGAGGUUACAAGCGGCUCUGGGGGCCGGUUUAUCAAUUUCAACGCUGAAUAUGACGCCCUUCCGGGAAUCGGGCACGCCUGUGGGCAUAAUCUCAUUGCCACAGCCAGCAUCACAGGAUUUCUGGCCCUUGCGUUUGCGAUCAAGAACUUCAAGAUGGGUGACCCAUUGGCUGAUUGCAACUUUGAAAGACAUCCCAUGUCAGAUGCUAGCUAUUGCAAACAAGGAGUCAUCGGCUCUUCCGGGUCCGGGUCGAUCGCUUGCUACGACAUCGUGUGCACUUAUGACGGUGUCAGUGCCCAUUCUGCCGCCAAUCCAUAUGAGGGCGUCAACGCUCUCGACGCGGUGGUAUCGGCAUACAACAACAUUUCCAUGCUCCGCCAGCAGAUCAGGCCAGAGGAACGGAUACAUGGGACCAUUCUGCAGGCUCCCAAGAUCACCAACGCCAUCCCCGAGCACACGGUCACCAAGUACUCAGUCCGAAGCCCGACCAUCAAAGGUGCGCAGGAGCUUGGAAAGCGGGUGCGCAAGUGCUUAGAAGCCGGUGCGCUUGCCACGGGGUGCAAGAUCAAGGUCGAGGAGAGUCCCAUCUACGCGGAGCUUCGCAUCAACCAGCCUCUCUGCGACUCCUUCCAGGCUCACAUGGGAGAGCAGGGCGAGAAAAUCUUUUCCGCAGAACCCAAGGGGUUGACUGGGUCGACAGACCAGGGCAACAUCUCUUAUGCUGUUCCGGGCCUUCAUGCUCUCAUUGGCAUUCCCGUCGAGGACGGCUCGAAUAACCACACUCACGGAUUCACUGCGGCGGCGGGGACGAGAGUUGCACAUGAACGGGUUGUGAAGGGGGGCAAGGCCAUGGCCAUGACUGGAUUGGAUAUUCUGCUGAAUGAUGAAUUUUACGCCCGGGUGAUGGCGGAUUUCGAGCUAGAUAAAACACGUAGAUGA